AUGCCUCCCAAAAGAUCAAAAGGGAAAACGCCUCAGACCUCAGGUCAGAAUAGGCGUCCGAAGGGUCGGCGGGCCUCGGACGACCAGGAGCAUAGCCGCCUCCUGUUGGAGGGAAAGGGGGCUGGCCCCCCUGAUAAGAAGGCGAGGAAGCGCAAAGGCCUCGCUGCCCCGCAGAGGACCUGCUCUGGAGAGAACCCCAACAUCUGCACCGAGUGCGGGCAGACCUUUGCGCAGAGCUCGGACCUGCUCAACCACCAGAGGAUCCACACAGGGGAAAAGCCCUUCCGGUGCCUGGACUGCGGGAAGAUGUUCAGUGUCAGCUCCAACCUGAGCCGCCACCAGAGGAUCCACACGGGCGAGAAGCCCUACCUGUGCUCCGAGUGCGGGAAGAGCUUCACCGACAAGUCGACCUUGGUCCAGCACGUCCGGACGCACACCGGCGAGAAGCCCUACCAGUGCAUCGACUGCGGGAAGACGUUCAGCCGCAGCUCCCACCACAAGCGCCACCUGAAGAGCCCGCCGGGCAAGCAGCCGGGCAAAUGCAGCCACCCUGAGAGCUCCUCCGCCGACAACGCCUCACCUCCAGGCAAAGCCAAGAAGGCCAAGAAGAAGCAGCACUCCCCCUUCGAAAUCCCCCACACGUGCGCAGAGUGCUGGCAGAGCUUCAACCAGACCUCGGACCUGGUCAAGCACAUGCGCAUCCACACCGGGGAGAAGCCCUUUGAGUGCAACCACUGCGGGAAGUGCUUCAACGUCAGCUCCAACCUGAUCCGGCACAAGAGGAUCCACACGGGCGAGAAGCCCUACACCUGCUCCGACUGCGGGAAGAGCUUCACCGACAAGUCCACCCUCACGCAGCACAACCGCAUCCACACGGGAGAGAAGCCCUACACCUGCUCCGACUGCGGGAAAAGCUUCAGCCGCAGCUCCCAUCACAAGAGGCACCAGCGGAUUCACGCCGGAGAGAACCCCGUCUCUUUCCUGCCCCUGUGGCCUUACCCUAACCAAAUGUACUGA